AUGGAAGUCGACGACGAUGACGUGCCUCUCAUCCUCACAUGGGACGAUGCAAACAGCGGUCUACUUAAUGAAGACCCAGAGAGGGGGGACGAGAAUGGUGAUGUGGGAAACAAUGACGUAGUAAAUAGCGGUGUGGUGUCAACACCUGGGCCUCAAACCCACCGAGCACACAACGUGACUUUGCGGCAAAGCUGGGAGAUGAACUACCAGGAGGCGGCCAUCUACUUGCAGGAGGGAGAGAACAAUGACAAGUUCUUUACCCACCCUCGAAACACCAAAGCGCUGGCAGCAUACCUUUUUGCCCAUAACCAUCUCUUCUACGUGAUGGAGCUGCUGACAGGCCUAUUGCUCAUGACGCUGUCGCUGUGUGAAGCUCCUGCGGUGCCUUCGCUGCGCCUGGACGUCUACGUUCACGCCACCCUGGAGCUGCUCGCUUUGGUUAUUGUGGCAUUUGAGCUGUGCAUGAAGCUCCGCUGGCUGGGCUUCCACACCUUCAUACGACACAAGAGGACCAUGGUUAAGUCAUGUGUGUUGCUGCUGCAGUUCGUGGAGGCCAUAGUGGUUCUGGUCCGACAGACGUCCCACAUGCGAGUGACCCGCGCCCUCAGACCAAUAUUCCUGGUGGACUGCAGAUACUGCGGCGCUGUACGCAGAAAUUUGCGGCAGAUCUUCCAGUCGCUCCCACCAUUCAUUGAUAUCCUCCUUCUACUCCUGUUCUUCAUGGUUAUAUUUGCUAUCUUGGGAUUCUGCCUCUUUUCCACAAACUCAUCAGAUCCGUACUUCAACACACUGGAGAACAGCAUGGUCAGUCUUUUUGUGCUACUGACCACGGCAAAUUUUCCAGAUGUGAUGAUGCCAGCUUACUCAAAGAACCGCUGGUCUUGUAUAUUCUUCAUUGUGUACCUGUCCAUUGAACUCUACUUCAUCAUGAAUCUGCUCCUGGCUGUUGUGUUUGACACCUUUAACGAUGUGGAGAAAAUGAAGUUCAAAUCUUUGUUGCUUCACAAACGCUCUGCUGUUGACUACGCCUUCCAGCUGUUAGUCAGCCGCCAGAGGCCGACUGGCGUCUCGCUGAAACAGUUUGAUGGCCUGAUGCGUUAUUACAGACCGAGGAUGUCUGCGAGAGACCGUUUCCUCACCUAUAAAGCUCUCAACACCUCUGGCGCGCCUAUGCUGAGUCUUCAGGACUUUUAUAAGUUCUAUGAGGUGACGGGCCUUAAAUGGAAGGCACGUCGCAGUGGAGAGCAUUGGUUUGAUGACCUCCCGCACACAGCCUACAUUAUUUUAAAAGGAAUCAACCUGCUCGUGAAAUCUAAGGCCUUUAAGUACACCAUGUAUGUCGUUGUGGCUAUUAAUGGCGUUUGGAUACUUGUGGAGACAUACACUCUUAACAGCAGUUUCUCCUGGUCAAGAUUGGUGCCAUGGAGUUACAUUGUCUUUCUUACAAUUUAUGGUGUGGAGGUGCUAUUGAAAAUAUCCGGUUUGGGACCAUUGGCUUAUUUCAGUUCCGGAUGGAAUCUCUUUGACUUCUCCGUUACCGUAUUUGCCUUUCUGGGUCUGAUCGCGCUGGCCUUCGACAUGGAGCCUUUCUACUUUAUCGUCGUGCUACGACCCCUUCAGCUGCUGAGGUUGUUUAAAAUCAAGAAGAGGUAUCGCAAUGUGUUGGAUACCAUGUUUGAGCUCCUCCCCAGGAUGGCAAGUCUCGGUUUGACCUUGAUCAUCUUCUACUACUCCUUUGCAAUUGUGGGCAUGGAAUUCUUCGCUGGUGCCGUCUACCCCAACUGCUGCAACACCAGCACGGUGGCUGACUCUUACAGGCAGGGCAACGUCACACAUGGUAACAAAACCGUGCUGGAGGAAGGCUACUAUUAUCUCAACAACUUCAACAAUAUUCUCAGCAGUUUUGUGACUCUCUUCGAGCUGACUGUGGUCAACAACUGGUACAUCACAAUGGAAGGUGUGACCUCCGAGACGAGCCACUGGAGCCGUCUCUACUUCAUGACCUUCUACAUCGUCACCAUGGUGGUUAUGACCAUCAUUGUGGCCUUCAUCUUGGAUGCGUUUGUGUUCCGCAUGAACUACAGCCGCAAGAACCGGGAAACCAUAGAGAACCCAGGGGAUGAGAACGGAAUCGUGUUUGAAGUAGAAGUGAGCCGAGCAGAAGCUCUGUCCACUUUAGAGUUAUACAAGCAGAUGUGUCCAGCGUCCCUCGGCUCGCUGGUGGCAGUCGUGCAAGUCAUGGACCGCAUUGGGAGCGAACAACACUCAUCUUCUCUAUUAUACCAAGGGCGAAGGUCAAGGACAAAGUGUGACCUAAGCAUGAAAAUGUAUGAGGAGGAGAUGCAGGAGUGGUAUUCAGAGUACUCAAGGGAAAACCUGCCUCAGCCAGACCAAAGUCAAGGACCCGACUCAGACAGUCCCACCUCCAGUCCGCCUUUUGUGCCUGCGCCUCAACUAAACUCACAUACUGGACGUUACAGCAUUAACUAA